GUGAACGGUGGUGGCUGCCGUGCGAAGGAGGUAGGAGAGGGGCUGCCCUGAGGGAAGCGGGGUGCUUUUCCGCGGCAGGACCUGCACCUCCCGCAUCCCCAGCAGCGCGGCGCCCGGGCCCGGCGCGCUCACUCCCGCCCGCAGGCGUCGUUGAGCCUCGGCGCCAUUUUCUGUUCUUUCUGUUCUCGCUCCGAAGCGUGGCGCGAGGCGGGCGCUGAUGUGUUCUGUCUCCUGCAAGCAGGUCUGGCAGGGCGCAGCACGAUGGAAGAAGACUGGAAUGCGGAGAUAGGGGAUGAAGCGUUACUCCCGUCCUUUCAGAAGGUUAGCUUGCUUGAGAGACCAAAUGACACCUCAUCUGUCUUUAAUUCAAGUGCAGACUCAUUUGGUACUGAUGAAUUUGUGAACUCAAAGCAUCAGCCAGUGAGUGGUUUUGGUAGAGGAAGGAAUUUUGCAGCCAAAGGUUUUCAAGAAGGAAUUGAAGAGGAUGCCAGUACACAGAACAGAGGGUUUAAAGGAUUUGGACAAAGUGAGCGUUUUCAAGAACGAAACGCUGUAGAUGGUGCUAGUACCCAAACCAGAGGGUUUAAAGGAUAUCGUGGUAGCUUUGGACAAGGUGGCAGUUUUCAAGAAGGAAAUGGAGAAGAUGCUGUUACACAAACCAGAGGGUUUAAAGGAUUUCGUGGUGGCUUUGGACAGGGUUUUCAAGAACGAAAUGCUGUAGAUGGUGCUAGUACACAAACCAGAGGGUUUAAAGGAUAUCGUGGUAGCUUUGGACAAGAUGGCAGUACUAAAGAUGGACAAAGAGGUAUACCUCAGUCUGGAACUCUCAGCUUUAGAGAGAGAGGAACUCUCGCAGAUGGUGCAGGUUUUCAAGAAGGAAUUGAAGAGGAUGCCAGUACACAGAACAGAGGGUUUAAAGGAUUUGGACAAAGUGAGCGUUUUCAAGAACGAAACGCUGUAGAUGGUGCUAGUACCCAAACCAGAGGGUUUAAAGGAUAUCGUGGUAGCUUUGGACAAGGUGGCAGUAAGCUUGAUGGUGGUAGAGGUAGGCAAAGGGACAUACCUCAGUCUGGAACUCCUGAUUCUAGAGAAAGAGGAAUACUCACAGAUGGUGCAGGUCCAAAGGUGACUUAUGUGCCCCCUCCUCCACCUGAUGAUGAGCAAGCCAUCUUUGCACGUUACCAGACAGGAAUGAAUUUUGACAAGUAUGAUGAAAAUGUUGUUGAAGUGUCAGGACUGGACCCUCCAGCAGCAUUAAUGAGUUUUGCAGACACUAACAUGUGUCAUACUUUAACUGUGAACAUUGCUAAGGCUGGAUACUCUAAACCUACUCCAGUGCAGAAGUACAGCAUUCCUAUUAUACUGGCGGGACGGGAUUUAAUGGCAUGUGCCCAGACAGGAUCAGGAAAAACUGCAGCAUUUCUUGUACCAGUUGUGGCCCAGAUGAUGAGAGAUGGUGUAACUGCCAGUAGCUUUAAAGAGCAGCAAGAACCAGAAUGUAUUAUUACUGCCCCAACUAGAGAACUGAUAAAUCAGAUCUUCUUAGAAGCAAGAAAAUUUGUGUAUGGAACUUGUAUAAGGCCUGUUGUGAUCUAUGGAGGUACACAAACAGACUAUUCGAUUCGUCAGGUAAAGCAAGGCUGUAAUAUACUGUGUGCCACUCCAGGAAGGCUUCUGGACAUCAUUGGAAGAGGAAAGAUUGGUUUGCAUAAUGUGAAAUAUUUGGUGCUAGAUGAAGCAGACCGCAUGCUUGAUAUGGGUUUUGGUGCAGAUAUGAAGAAGUUGGUAUCUUUCCCAGACAUGCCACAAAAAGACAAACGCCAAACGCUAAUGUUUAGUGCCACUUUCCCUGAAGAAGUUCAGAGGCUAGCUUGUGAAUUUUUGAAAACUGAUUUUUUAUUUGUUGUUGUUGGACAUGCGGGUGGAGCAUGCAGUGAUGUUCAGCAAAAUAUUCUUCAAGUUUCUCAGUAUUUCAAGAGAGAUAAACUGAUAGAAAUCCUACACAGCAUAGGUAAUGAACGAACCCUGGUUUUUGUGGACACAAAGAAAAAAGCAGACUUCAUUGCAUGCUUUCUUUGUCAAGAAAACAUACCAGCCACUAGUAUCCAUGGAGAUAGAGAACAGAGAGAGAGAGAAAUAGCACUUCGGGAUUUUCGUUCUGGAAAAUGUCCAGUUCUUGUGGCAACUUCAGUGGCAGCAAGAGGUCUGGACAUUGAAAAUGUUCAGCAUGUUAUUAAUUUUGAUCUUCCUUCCACCAUUGAAGAGUAUGUACACCGAAUUGGGCGAACUGGUCGUUGUGGAAAUAUAGGGAAAGCGGUUGGCUUCUUUGAUAACAAUUCAGAUGGUCAUCUUGCACAACCUCUCAUUAAAGUGCUUUCAGAUGCUCAGCAGGAAGUUCCUAUUUGGUUGACAGAAGUAGCUUUUGAGGCAGAAGGAGGACGACUGCCAGUUAAUACCCAAAAGAAUUACAGAGGCAGAGGCAACGUGAAUGCAGGAGAAGUCAAGAUGGACUGUUCUGCAAGAGAAAUUGAGUCAUGGGAUUAAACUGCUUUAUACCAAACCAGUUUGUACUGUGUUUUGCUCAUGUCAGUUAAAAAGUUUCAAUCUUGUGUUACGAUGACUUAAGGAUCUGUUAAACAGCUCUUCAAUAAAAGUUUGAGAUGUGCACUUGGAUUGUUGCCUCUGUAUCAGCUAUAUAUCACUGCAGUUUCAUGAACUGGAACUAAAGGUCAGUGGCUACACCCACAACUUAGUGAAAAUACCUGUUUUUUAUGGAGAAAGGAUGGAGCCCUGUGUUGCAUCUAGUAGGAUGUUUUUAGCUUUGACUGAUGUAAAUACAGUUCUGCUAUCUCUUCAGGAAAAGUUUGCUUUUCCAAGCAAAGCUUGGAGCAAGCUUGGUGCCUUAUAUCCAAGAAUUUUCCCAGGCUUGCAGAAGCUGUAGGAGGUAAGCAGUCACUAACGGUUCUAGGCUUCUGUAAAGUUGCUUUUUCAUUGAAUUUUCUUUUUCUGAUCAAUGAAGUAUGCUACAAAGAUGCGUAUCAUUGGGCGCCCAAAGAAAAGAGCAAGGUCAUUACAUUUUGCAGAGGUGAACAAACUUCCAAGCUUCUCAUGGCUUGCUAUUUAGCACACAAUGCUGAGCACUGUGUACAGUCUUCCUACUAAAUC